AUGGAUGAAAUUAAAUUAAGGCGACACAAAGUGAAUUUCAAAAAUUGGACAAGUGGAAAUCAUGACGUUGAUGAGUUUAUUCAAAAAGCACAAUUAAAUGCUAAGGAAUAUUAUCAAGUCAUAGAAUGGAUUGAAUAUGAUAAAUUUGAAGAUGUUGAAUAUUUAGCAAAAGGGGGAUUUGGAACUACUUUUAAAGCAGUUUGGAAAGAUGGUCCUUGGAAGAAUCAUCAAGAUGAAUUGGAAAGAAAAGGUGAAGCAAAAGUCGCUUUAAAGUGCUUACAUAAUUCACAAGAUAUUACAGCAGAUUUUUUAAAAGAAGUUGAAUCAAAUAUUUUAGUAAUUUGUACUAAUUAUAUAGUUCGUUGUUUUGGUAUUACCAAAGAUCCAAAAAUAAAUAAUUUUAUAAUGGUGAUGGAAUUAAAAAAUGGUAGCUUAAGACAACAUUUAAAUAACAACUUUAUUUCACUGGAUUGGAAUCGAAAGUUGCGGAGUUUAUUUUGUAUUGCAGUUGGUCUUGAAGAUAUUCAUAAUAAAGGAUUAAUUCAUCAAGAUUUUCAUUGUGGGAAUAUAUUAAGCAAUUUUGAUCGAGAAUCUUAUAUUACUGAUUUGGGAUUAUGUCAACCGGCAAAUGUCAAAUCCUCUCAAAAUAGUAAUAAAAAAAUAUAUGGGGUAUUACCUUAUGUAGCUCCAGAAGUUUUAAGAGGAAAAGAAUAUACUCAAAAAAGUGAUAUUUAUGGAUUUGGAAUCAUUGCAUAUGAAAUUUGUACAGGUUUCCCUCCUUAUUAUGAUAUAGCUCAUGAUGAAUUCUUAGCAAUGAAAAUUUGUAAUGGGUUGAGGCCAAAGUCUAAUUAUGAAAUUCCUCAAUUAAUUGUUGAUAUAAUUAAUCAAUGUUGGGAUGCAGACCCUUUAAAACGACCUAAUGCAAAUGAAUUACGAGAGUUAAUAUUGGAUUUGCAUAUGGAUAUUGGGGUCAAUAAAGUGAAUUCUGUAAUUUAUGGGCAAGUUAAAGAAGCAGAUGAAGUCAUCUUUAACAGUUCAAUUACCAUUAUCAUCUACUAGUAAUCUCUUAUAUACAACACAUACUCAAGCAA